CAUUAAACCAAUAACAUAUGAUUUUAAUACAGAUUUGAAAAUCAUAGAACCAAUAACACUAGAUUUAGUUCGGAUUUUCAAAUCCAUUAAAAUACAACAACCAAUAACCCUUACUAAACCAUAUAUGGAUAGAUGUGGCUAUGUGAGUAAACAUCCCUAAUCUAAAUAACACUUCAAAAUUAUAAACACACAGACACGUAAAUCAACAUACAAAAAUAAAUAAGAAAAAUAUAUUCAAUUAUCAUAAAAUGUUGUAGAUUCUUUAACCUUUUCUAAUAAAUAAAACACUAUAUUCAACUAUCAUCAAAUAUUGUAGAUUCUUUAACCUAUUCUGAUAGAAAGUUGUAUUGUUUACAAUUCAAAGAAAUGGUUAGUCAAGCCUCUGAAUUUUACACCAGUCACUGGCUCACUGCGCUUGCGUUACAGUAUAGUGAAAAUAGCCGUUUGGUGUCAAAAUGUUACAAGCAAGAAUUAAAUUACAGAACAACAGUUGAAAACUUAAAACGCAGAGAAACGGUCACGAUUGGCUUCAUCAAGUUUUAAAAAAAAAAAUUCUUAAUAAAACAUUUUUUCUGCCGGCUAUAACCUGCCGGCGUAUCUUUGCAAUCUCGCAACAUACAACAUUUUUAAAUCAGCACACAUUCUUCAGCAAAAGAAAAGUUCUCUGUUACAAGAUAGAGACAAAAGCUAGUUUUCUUACAAUGCAAGUCUUCUUCUUCUUUUUCUCUUUGAUCCUCUGUUUCGCUCUGAUCUUUGCUGAGACCCUUGAAAACGACAAGAGAGCUUUGCUUGAUUUCUUGUCACAUUUGAGUUUACCUCUUCACCGCUGGAACCAGAGCUCUCCGACUUGCCAUCAGUGGACCGGAGUUACCUGCAGCCGAAACAGAAUCGUAUCCGUUAGAUUGCCUGCGGUUGGACUCAACGGUUUGAUCCCACCAUUCACCAUCACUCGUCUCUCGUCUCUAAAGAUUCUAAGCCUUAGAAACAACCAGCUCACAGGAGAGCUCCCUUCUGAUCUCAUCAACCUCAAGAACCUGACUCGUCUCUACCUACAACACAACCGCCUCUCCGGUCCAUUACCAGAGACUCUCUCGGAGUUACAGAAUCUCAAGGUUCUUGAUCUUUCUAACAAUGGACUCAACGGAAGCAUCUCAUCAUCUCUUUCACGUUUGACCAGACUUAGAGUCUUGAACCUUGCAAACAACUCAUUCUCAGGGGACAUUCCCGAUCUCGAUCUUCCAAACCUGAGGCAAAUCGACCUGUCAAACAAUAAACUUAUCGGCGCAAUACCCAAGUCUCUUCAAAGAUUCCAAACUUCAGCGUUUUCCGGAAACAACAUAACCGGAAAGGAGACACAAAACAAGACUCCUUUCGGGUUAAGCCAGCUUGCUUUCUUGCUCAUUCUCUCCGCAGCUUGCGUUUUGGGUGUUUCUGGACUCUCCUGUAUAAUAAUGAUCACUUGUUUCGGGAAGUCUACAAUCUCCGGGAAGUCUCGGAAGAGAGACUCCUCCUCGUCGUCCACCACUCCUCCAGGGAACUGGACAUCCAGAGACGAUGACGCUGAAGGAGGGAAGAUCAUCUUCUUCGGGGGAAAGAACCAUUUAUUUGAUUUAGACGAUCUGCUAAGCUCAUCAGCUCAAGUUUUGGGUAAAGGCGCCUUUGGUACAACCUAUAAGGUAACAAUGGAUGACAUGAGCGCUGUCGUGGUGAAGCGUCUGAAGGAAGUAGUGGUGGGGAGAAGAGAAUUUGAGCAACAAAUGGAGAUGAUUGGCAUGAUCAGACAUGAGAAUGUAGCUGAGCUAAAGGCUUACUACUAUUCCAAAGACGAUAAACUCGCUGUUUAUAGCUAUUACACUCAAGGAAGCCUCUUCCAGAUGCUUCACGGAAACAGAGGAACGUAUGAUCGAGUGCCUUUAAGUUGGGACGCUAGACUGAGGAUAGCAACAGGGGCAGCGAGAGGUUUGGCUAAAAUACAUGAAGGGAACAACGGGAGACUCAUCCAUGGGAACAUCAAAUCAUCAAACAUCUUCUUAGACUCGCAAGGCCACGGCUGCAUAGGAGACAUUGGCUUGACAACCAUCAUGAGGUCUCUCCCUCAAACCACUUGUCUUACUUCAGGUUACCACGCACCUGAAAUAACAGAUACGAGGAGAAGCACACAGUCUUCGGAUGUGUACAGCUUCGGGGUGGUUUUACUCGAGCUCUUGACAGGGAAGUCGCCGGCAAGUCGAGAGACGAAACAUGGCGAGAAGAUGUAUUUGGCCACGUGGAUAAGGAAUGUGGUGGUGGAAGAGUGGACAGGGGAAGUAUUCGAUAUGGAGAUUUUGAGUGAGUCAGGUGGGUUCGAGGAAGAGAUGGUUGAGAUGAUGCAAAUAGGGUUGGCUUGUGUUGCUGUGAAGCAACAAGAACGACCUCACAUAGCUCAUGUUGUGAAAAUGAUCCAAGAUAUUCGAUCAACUGAUGCAGAGUGACU